AUGGCGACUGCUCCUUCCUUCUGGGCUGCUGGCGGCAGCAAAAUCAAGUCCGCCGACUCCCCGAACCCCAAGAUCGCAGAGGCGCCGGCCAAGUCGAAACCGGAUCCCCAACAGAAGAAGGGUCUGGUACUGAAGGGAAUGACGAACGGUCAGACUACCAACGGCGCAUCGAAGGGUUUUUACCCAAAGGCUGCCACUGGCAAGAAGACCAACUGGGCCGACGAGGACGAUGAUGAUAACACCUUCAUCGCCGAGUUCAUGAGCCAGGAUCCGAAGAUUGCUACCCUCGAGACCACCGUUACCCUCAAAGAGGAGCGCAUCAAAGAGUUGGACGCGCUGAUCGAAACCAAGACGCUUCGUAUCGCGGAGCUGGAAGGCGCAGUCCAAGAUAAGGACGUUCAUAUUGGCGAUCUCGAGACGGAUGUCCAAAAGAAGGAUGUUGAGAUCGAGAAGCUCAAGAAGACGAAUAGCGACCAUCUCGCUCACAACCAGCAGCUUCUGCGCGAGGCUGGAGAGAAGGACAGCCAGAUCAAGAGUCUGAAGGCUGAGCUUGAAGAGAAGGCUUCGGCCAUCGACAACCUUGAGCGAGCAAAGAAGGCUGCCACCAUUAGCAGCCUCGAGCAGGAGUCGGCCGCACUCGUCCCGGUGCCCACAAACGACGAGGUGACCCCCGAGGAUGAGCCCAAGAACGUGGUGUCGGAGAGCAUCAAGUCCAAUGGCACCGAUGUUGUUAGUGAGACGGAGACCAAGACUAAGAAGACCGCAUCUGUGGCUUCUGAUUCAGACAGCUUUGAAAUCGUUGAUGCUCCCAUGACUGAGGAGGUCAAGGACGAGAAGCCUGCGACCGUCACCACCAAGCAGUCCGAGGAGACCAAACCGGCAAAGACCACCAGCGGCCCAUCGCUCAUCACAUCCACGUUCCCCAAUUUCGUGACGAAGGAGACGCUGAAGGUCGUUCCUCCGGCCCCGAAGCCUAAGACCCUGACCUUCGGCAUCGAUAUGUCCAAGUACGGGAAGAAGCCUGUCGCGUCGGCUGCGGCGAAGAUUGCACCUAAAUCGUCGCCCGUUGCUGAGCUAAAUGGCCAUACCACCCCCUGGGGCCACUCGUCUAGGCAGGCGCGCGACAAGACCGGUACUAUGCCCGAGCUCAACCCUGCGGCUGACAUCCGUCACAUGUCGCACGGGCAGCGCGUUAUUUUCGGUAACGGUCCCGAGGUUAUUGUGAAGCUUGGAGAGACCAAGCUGGCUACCAUCCCAAAGUACGUCCUGAUGCAAUGCUCAGGCAAGGCCUACAAGUUCUUCACUGCCAAUCCCGACGCAACCUCUUGGAACCUCCCCGCCGGCUCGAUGGACGCCGAUGCUGCAACGGCGCAUCUAAAAUGGAUGGACGAGAUGACGUACCAGAGCAGGGUUUACUCAGUCCGCCUCCAGACUGAGACGGUAUAUGACAAGAAGAACUUGCAUAUCUGCCGCGCUGCCCGCGUUCUCGGUCUGAAUAAUACCUACGUCGCCCAGUUCACCAAACAGUUCUGCGACCGGAUCCGUGCCCAGGACGUUUCCUUCGAGUUCAUGGACCUUCUUUGCCAGUUGGCAUACCCGGAGAACGACCCGGUGUUUGACUGCAUGGUCCACAACCUCGUCAACCAGAAGAAGGUUGGCAACGCCAAGGGAGCGGCCGACCUGGAGAAGUUGAUGGUCAAGCAUCAGUCUCUGAAGGACAAAGUGGAGAAGAUUGAGAAGCGGAUCGGAGGUCGUCCACGUAAGACCUGGAACUCGCCCGAGGGUAGCGCUCGUGGUGGGAGCAACGAUCGCAGCGGCGGCAAGGGUGGGAACCGUGGACAGCGGGCACCGAGCAACAAGCCUGUUUCGCCAGCGCCUGGCAACAAGCCCGUUACUCCGGCGCCUGGUGAAGCGUUGUUUACCACUCUCCACUAG